AUGAAUAACGGCAGUGCACCUGAUACAGUAACUGGCGGAAAAACUCUUGAACUCACCGAAUAUGACCGGUACCGACGUCCACAUAAAGCCAUUUCGGAUUUAACGGAAAUACGAAUCAGUACGCGAAUGCUUUCAUCUGAAUUAUGUUGUCCAAUAUGUCUAGAUUUGUUGACAACAACGAUGACAACAAAAGAAUGUUUGCAUCGAUUUUGCAGCGAAUGUAUCACGACUGCGUUACUCCGAGGUAACAAGGAAUGUCCUACGUGUCGGAAAAAAUUAGUGUCUAAACGAUCGCUUCGUCCUGACCCGAACUUUGAUGCAUUAAUCAAUAAAAUUUGGCCAGAUCGACAAAUUUAUGAACAAAUGCAACAGAAAGCAAUGGAAAUGUUUCAUCAACAGAGUAACGUAGAAGCAUUACAAAAGAGUAUUGAAGCAGGCAUGAAAGCGCAAGCUGCUAAUCGCCGCCAGCGUGUACAAGGCUCAUAUGACUAUGAAAAAAGAAAACGGCGCCCUCGCAGUGAUGUUCAUGACCGUUCUUACUAUAAUUCUCCUGAUAGUAAUUCGCCAGAAGGCAGUGGUGAAGGCGAUGAGAACGAUUUGCAUGCAAGACACGAUGAAUCGGUUUCUGGGGCACAUACCUCUGCUAGCAGUAUUGUCAACCUUGUCAGUGCAGCUAAUGGCAGGAUUAGUUCACGAGCUCAUUCGCAUCGAGAUAUUUCAAGCAGCAAUACAGAUUCUGAUUCUCUCUCUUCGACCACUAAUACGUCUGAUACGACGGAUACGUCUGACUCGUCAAGCAGUAUUUCGGCUCCUACGCUACCAAAUUCUAUUGCCAAUGUGGAUGGUCAUCCUCUUGUACCACCACUUAAUGCAUGUACACUAAAAGAUCGCAUGCACAAAUGGCUUGCUGAAAAUCCGUCAUCACCUUUAACUCCUGAUGAAGGGAUGGGCGAACAACUGGAAAGACGACUGGAUGAAGAUAUUGAUUUUGCGGUUACACGUACAGAUGGUGAAUUUAUUGAGAUUGAAGCCGAGUUGUUACCUGCAAAAUCACUAUUCAAACGGCCGAGCGUGGCGUCAUCGUUAUUAAAUCGACGUUAUAUUCGAACAAGAGAGGAUACUACCAUGGAACAUCUUGGUGAAUUCCUAUAUCAAGUGUGUAGUGCCGAGUAUCGAGAAAGGCAACAGAAAAAUUCAUCUGAGGGGUCAAAGGAUUUUUCUAUUGAAAAUACUAUUACUUCCUCUUCAAUACAGCAGUCCUGUGCAAGUGUUGUACAGCGACCCGAACAUUUUUAUGUCUAUAGUCGCGUUGGUGGCCGAAGUGUGAAUAAAAUAUUCGGCAAUGAGACGGUUCUGUCGGCACUGCAUACUCAAAGACGCGGGGAUCAUCUGAUGAUAUUUUUCGACAUCGCACCUUUGGAUCUGCAUAGCAAAUCUGUACUUGAGGAAAUUGUUUAUGAUGAUUAUUUAAAGUAGGAAGAUUUUGUUUCAUUUUUUAAGUAUAUAUGAAGAUCAACACAUGACACAUACUUUGCUACAUGAGAGGACGGUAAAUCGUUCUAGUCUAUAUAGUGACUUGCUGCUUAACGUGUUAAGUAAUUAAACAUUUUCACUUGUAACAGUUUAAAGCAUCAUGAACUGAUCGUGUGUUUGUAAAAUGGUAAUCGAUUCGAUUAUAUUUAUCAUGCAGGAGUGUAGAUCUAGCUAAUAUCGAGAAAUUCGUGACACUGAAAAUAUUGCAUAGCCAAUUAUAAUAUACUACGGUCAGUAAUUACAAGAAUGACAAUGACUUUUGUGUUGUGGUCGAGUAAGAUUGUUUCGUGGUCAAGUAAGACUAAUCCAACAGUUCUGAGCCCUGAUCUCGGUAUAUCGCAUGGAAAAGGCCCCAUUGCUGAAAUUACGCUGUUCGCUGGCAUUAAAUUACGCUAUUCAUACAUCGAUUAAAUAAGCUGUGGGAUAUAU